AUGUCUGGACGUGGAAAAGGUGGAAAAGCUAAGACUUCUGGAAAGGCUAAAACUCGUUCUAGUCGUGCUGGACUUCAAUUUCCAGUUGGUCGUCUUCAUCGUAUGCUUCGUAAAGGAAAUUAUGCUGAACGUGUUGGUGCUGGUGCGCCAGUUUAUCUUGCUGCUGUUCUUGAAUAUCUCGCUGCAGAAGUUCUCGAAUUGGCUGGUAAUGCUGCUCGUGAUAACAAAAAAACCAGAAUUAAUCCAAGACAUCUUCAAUUAGCUAUUAGAAACGACGAAGAAUUAAAUAAACUUCUCAGUGGGGUUACAAUUGCCCAAGGAGGUGUACUUCCAAAUAUUCCUUCAUCCCUCAUUCCAAAGAAAUCUGCUGCUGAUGAGACUGCUGAAUAG